ACAUGCGCAUAGCGAGAAUCUAGUACUUCCGCAAUAAUAAUAAAACAAUAAAGCCUUUUUUCAAUAAAGUGGUUUUCGUACUGAUUCUAGUUAAUUAUGUCACGAAAUAGACGUGAAACUGCUCAAGUCAGACGAGCCACUCAUUCUGGCAGUUGGUAUACCGAUAAUGCAAGUGAAUUAAACAGUCAGCUGAGUGGAUGGUUAACAAAAUGUGAACGUGUUGAUGCUCCAGUAAGGGCUCUUAUUGCUCCGCAUGCUGGUUACUAUUAUUGUGGUUCCUGUGGAGCACAUGCAUACAAGCAGAUGGAUCCAGCUAAAAUAAAGCGUGUGUUCAUACUUGGGCCAUCGCAUCAUGUGAGGGUGUCUGGAUGUGCCCUUACAGCUACAGAGAAAUACCGCACACCUUUCUAUGAUUUGAUUGUAGAUGCAAAAAUAAAUUCUGAAUUGAAUGGUGCUGGUCCGUUUGAGGUGAUGAGUAUAGACACAGAUGAAGAUGAACACAGCAUUGAAAUGCAGCUUCCCUACAUUGCCAAGGCUAUGGAAAGUCGCAAAGGUAACUUUACAGUGGUCCCAGUCCUGGUUGGGUCACUUACCCCGGAGAAGGAACAGAUGUAUGGAAUGAUUUUCGCUAAAUAUCUUGCUGACCCAGAAAACUUUUUUGUGAUAUCCUCAGACUUCUGCCAUUGGGGACAAAGAUUUAACUACACAUUUUAUGAUAAAAGCCAGGGUGAUAUCUGGAAAUCUAUUGAAAGUUUAGAUAAAAUGGGUAUGGAUAAGAUCGAGAAGUUAGAUGCAAAAGGAUUUAACGAAUACUUGAAACAGUAUCAAAAUACAAUAUGUGGCAGAUAUCCUAUUGGUGUUCUCUUACAUACCAUAGAAGCGAUGAGAAAGGUGAGCAAUGGAUACAAACUGUCUUUCAAAUUUCUUCAAUAUUCACAGUCGAGUAAAUGUUCAAGCAUGCGAGACUCGUCAGUCAGUUACGCAGCAGGUGUGCUCAUGAUGUAUUGACGAUGGCUGUAAGUAGGGAGCAGGAACUACAUCAACCAAUGUCGCAUUUUCCGGAGGAUUUAUGAAUCUGCCAUGCAUAUUUUUCCAUUUCAAUGUUCAUUAGCUAUAACUGAGUUUACUGGUGUAACCAAUUAAUUGAAUGGAAAACAUUUUCAAGAUGAUUUUUCUGUAUGUAUAGGUAAAAUGCAAAACAACAGAUUAUCACAAAGUCUUGCCAACAGACUGUUUUUAUUUCUUUUCAAUUGUCUUCUUUAAAUGAAAUAAAUGCUUUAAUGUAAAAUAGUAAAAAGAAAAUCCAGUGCAGAAUGUAUUUAUGCCGAGGAACGGACAGUAAUCACUGUCAGUCUGUAUGUUAUCAAGUUCAUCCAUCAUAAACACUGCUUCAGCUAUAAGUUUUAAAACAAUUCAAAAGUUUUACUUUAGUUCAAAGCAUGCCGAGAAAAUGUGUCGCCCAUAAGAAUCGGGUCAUUACCGUGAAUGUCUCCGGAAAUGGCCUAACCUUGAACCACAGGCUAGGGCACUCCACUUUGGUGGCACUAGUCAGAUACUUGCCAAUCCUUUUGUAACUGUUAAAAAGACCUCUCAGCGUAAGCCAUUUGUUUUGUUAUUAAGGUAACAAAGAGUUUAUUUUCAAUACAAGUACUGGUCAGACAAAAGAAACAAUACAAGUAUUGGUCAGACAAAAGCGACAAUCUAUUUACAUGUAAUGGUUUUCAUCAAUCUCGUAUAUGUUGAUGAAAUGUCAAACUUCAUUAGAUCAUGACCAUCAAACCAGUCCUGUUUCUCAAGAGAGCUAUUUGUUAAGAACGAUAGUUCCGUCACUAAAACGUUUUACCACAUGCAUAAACAAGGAUAGUUCAAAACACCUUUUUUGAUAUGUGUAAAUGUAAUUUUAGACUUGCUUGAAUGUUUUAAUUACACCCUUUAUUACUAUAGGCAUGUGUUAACAAUUUUGUAUAGUGAAACAUUGGUGGCUCAACCACCUGGACUCACUCAAGCAGUUCAUAUGGCCCAAGGCCAUUUUCCUUUGUUAACUCAAAACUUUGUAUAACGCGAGUAUUUUUGUGAAUUCUUUUGCAACCUUGAGGGAUCUGUAUUUUACUAUAUUGUUUUUAUCAAGGAAAAAAAAAAGCUGUUCAUGCAGACCCAAUAAAUGGAUUGAUUUCUUUGUAUUUUGAACAGUUUCAGUAAUUCUGCACUUUAUCUCCUCACUGUGUCACCAUGCAACUCUGUGAUUAUUUAGUAUUGCAUAAAAUGUUAAUCGUAUGCUGUGCAAGUUUGGAAUUGCUUCCACGUUUUCUACCAAGCUUUUUUCCUAUUGUGUAUUGUGUAUUGUAUACAAUUGUUCCAUCUUUUCCCAUUUAAAUGGUUUUACAUCAUCUGUUUUUUUAAUUCUGUAAAAAUAUAUGAAUACAUGCAUGAUCUUUUUCAUCACAGCAUGAAUGAGUGAAUUUUUUUUACUAGUAGAUCUUCACCCUGUAGCCAUCAUCUAUCAGGAGACAAGAAAAUGAACAUUAAAAUUUUGUGAUAAAAACACAUGUGAUACUGUAGAUAGAACAACAUUCAUGGUGAUUUUAUUUUUGCUGACAUUUCUCUUGCAAGAAACUAUUGAAUUAACUGUUGUUAAUGUUAAGCAACAUUUUUCUUUUUCAAAAAUAGAUAUAAGCACAAAUUGUGGCAGUUGUCUAUCAAAUUGCGAAAUAAAAUCACAUGAAAGUUACUCAGUCUACAAUAAAGGGUACUUUAUAGAGUAAUUGAAAGCAUAUUGCAAUUGUUGGUUUUUUUUUUUAGUGACAGGUGAGCUUUUGUGAUCGCGCGGUGUCCGUCGUCCGUCCGUGCGUACGUAAACUUUUGCUUGUGGCCACUCUAGAGGUCACAUUUUUCAUGGGAUCUUUAUGAAAGUUGGUCAGAAUGUUCAUCUUGAUGAUAUCUAGGUCAAGUUCGAAACUGGGUCACGUGCCAUCAAAAACUAGGUCAGUAGGUCUAAAAAUAGAAAAACCUUGUGACCUCUCUAGAGGCCAUAUAUUUCAUGGGAUCUUCAUGAAAAUUGGUCAGAAUGUUCACCUUGAUGAUAUCUAGGUCAAGUUCGAAACUGGGUCACGUGGGGUCAAAAACUAGGUUAGUAGGUCUAAAAAUAGGAAAACCUUGUGACCACUCUAGAGGCCAUAUUUUUCAUGAGAUCUUCAUGAAUAUUGGUCAGAAUGUUUAUCUUGAUGAUAUCUAGGUCAAGUUCGAAACUGGGUCACGUAGGGUCAAAAACUAGGUCAUUAGGUCUAAAAAAAGAAAAACCUUGUGACCUCUCUAGAGACCAUAUUUCUCAAUGGAUCUUCAUGAAAAUUGGUCAGAAUGUUCAUCUUGAUGAUAUCUAGGUGAAGUUCGAAACUGGGUUACGUGGGGUUAAAAACUAGGUCAGUAGAUCUAAAAAUAGAAAAACCUUGUGACCUCUCUAGAGGCCAUAUUUUUCAUGAGAUCUUCAUGAAUAUUGGUCAGAAUGUUCACCUUAAUGAUAUCUAGGUCAAGUUCAAAACUGGGUCAUGUGGGGUCAAAAACUAGGUCAGUAGAUCUAAAAAUGGAAAAACCUUGUGACCACUCUAUAGGCCAUAUUUCUCAAUGGAUUUUCAUGAAAAUUGGUCAGAAUGUUUACCUUGAUGAUAUCUAGGUCAAGUUCGAAACUGGGUCACGUGCGGUCAAAAACUAGGUCAGUAGGUCUAAAAAUAGGAAAACCUUGUGACCUCUCUAGAGGCGAUAUUUUUCAAUGGAUCUUCAUGAAAAUUGGUCAGAAUGUUUACCUUGAAGAUAUCUAGGUCAAGUUCGAAAGUGGGUCACGUGGGUUUAAAAACUAGGUCAGUAGAUCUUAAAAUAGAAAAACCUUGUGACCUCUCUAGAGGCAAUAUUUUUCAUGAGAUCUUCAUGAAUAUUGGUCAGAAUGUUCAUCUUGAUGAUAUCUAAGUCAGAUUCGAAACUGGGUCACAAACUAGGUCAGUAGGUCUAAAAAUAGAAAAAACCUUGUGACCUCUCUAGAGGCCAUAUUUCUCAAUGGAUCUUCAUGAAAAUUGGUGAGAAUGUUCAGCUUGAUGAUAUCUAGGUCAGGUUCGUAACUGGGUCAUGUGCGGUCAAAAACUUGGUCAGUAGGUCGAAAAAUAGAAAAACCUUGUGACCUCUCUAGAGGCCAUAUUUUUCAUGAGAUCUUCAUGAAAAUUGGUGAGAAUGUUCACCUUGAUGAUAUCUAGGUCAAGUUUAAAAGUGGGUCACGUGCCUUCAAAAACUAGGUCAUUAGGUCAAAUAAUAGAAAAACCUUGUGACCUCUCUAGAGGCCAUAUUUUUCAAUGGAUCUUCAUGAAAAUUGGUCAGAAUUUUUUAUCUUGAUGAUAUCUAGGUCACAUGUGCUCAAAAAUUAGGUCACUAUGUCAAAUAAUAGAAAUAAUGACGUCAUACUCAGUUGAACACUGGGUCAUUUGGGGAUAGGUGAGCGAUUCAGGACCAUCAUGGUCCUCUUGUUUAAUUGUGCACUUUGAAACCUGAAUUGUAUAACAGGGUUGUCUUGGUAUAAUUGUGAAGAUAUUUUGUGAAAUGAGAGUAGAAACAAAGACAAGUCUUGUAUUUUCUAAUUUUAGAUCAAGUUUUAUUAUUUACCUACAUGAGUGUUGUUGAUCUCGACUGGUUUGUCAAGUUACUGUCACAUCACCAUCAUCCUUUGAACUGCGGUGAGGGUUGGGUAACACAACUAACUCAUUGUUAUACAAACCUCCAGGUCAACAUACUAGUAUAUUCCUUGUGUAUCAGCCCAGUCACGAGAUUUUUGCCAUAGCUGGCAAACAUUUAAACAAACUGUAUUUGAAAAAUUCUCUUUACAACAAAUUCUGUUAUAAGUGCAUCACUUCUUAAAAAAAGAUUUCAGAUUUGUGGUUCAUCAGUUCUCAGUUAAAAAAGGCUGUGCUUAUAAAAAAUGUUAGAAUAAACUGUAUAUUUAAAAUAUUUCUAUAUGCCUGAAGAGAAACGUGAUGGCGCUGGUUGUUUGUCUGUCUGUCUGUUAGCAAUUUACUUUCUGCUCAACUUGAGAAUGCUUUGACCCUCAAACUUGAUAGGCAGAUUAUUUGUGAGCAGUGGAUGACCCCUGUUGAUUUUGUGGUCAAUGGGUCAAAGGUCAAGGUCUCAGUGACUGCUGUUCCUGCUCAGUAUGAUGAAGACUUGAGAAUGUCUGCACCUGUGAUCCUCAAACUACAAGGAGUCACAUUGAUCAUGUGCAGCAGAUGACCCCCUACUAAUUUUGAAGUCAUUAGGUUAAAGGUCAAGGUCACACUGACUGGUGUACAACAUGCACAUUCACCACUGACCCUGCAUAUUCUUUGUCAAAGGUCAUGGUCACUGUCAUGCUAAAAGGUAGGAUAAACAAUCAUUUUCUCCGUAUCUGCUGAUUUACCUAAGGUUUUAUUCAACACUAAACUUAAGAGCUGUCUUGAGGCGCAUAUUGCUCUACACAGUGGUGCUUUUGUAAUACGUUUGGGUACAAAUUAUGGGUAUGGCAUGUGAAUCUCUCACAAAAUAUUAUUUUAACAGCAAGAUUUAUUAUUCCUAUACAGAGAGAAAAUCAACCAUUUUCCUGACAAAAAAGAUGUAUGCUUUUUCAAGGAAAGUUCACUGGGAUAGCAAAACACAUUUUAGUUGUGUUACAACAUUUCAAAGAACAUUCAUCAAUUUUGUUUGGCAGUAGAGUAAGCUGUUGUUUUGAGUCAGUGCUUAAAUUAUGUCCCAUAACUUUUUAUGCAGGGAAAAGAAUUUUUGGAGAAAAUAAAUUUGUCAGUUAAAACUUGCAGUAUAAAUUCUGAGAUUUUUUUCUCCUUUUCAUAAUGCUGUGUGCACUCAGUGUUGAUAGUGAAUGAUUACCUCAUGAAAAAUGAAAAGUGCCAGUACUUAUGAUUUUUAUGUCUGUCUAGAGAAAAUCAAGCGGUAUUAUGGGUGGCAUUGUCUGCCUGUCAGCAAACAUUUUCCAUUUCUGGACUAUACUGUCAAAGAUUAAUAGUUAUUUCUUUCAAACUUGGCGCCAUAUAACCUAUACUGUGUUGGUGCGCCAUAAAACCCAAAUAAAUAAAUAAAUUACGCUGCUGACUAAGCAGCCUUUUGAGGAGGAUCCCUGCAGUUUUUGAAGUCAUUUGGUCAAGGUAUCGGGGAGACUUGCCUUAAUUUCUGGGUGUUUUUUUUUUAUAAGUCAGAAAAUACAAUAGCUACAGCUUUCAAACUUUACACAUUGACCAAGGUACCACUUAAGAAAGUUCCCUUUUAAUUUAGGGUCUUUGAGUCAAAGGGGUCCCCUCUUUCUUUUUCUUCUUUCUGUUCAGUUAAUCUUAGUAUCCUACAUUCACACUGCACUCCCUCCCCAUCCCCCACCCACUCCUCCAAAGUAAUUGUUGUUUUUAAUGCCUAUUUUUACUACUACUCUGUCCUUUCCUGUUUGUGGACCGUAUUAUGCACCAUAAGGCAGAGCUCUUGUUACGUAAGUGCAGCAACAGACUGUUGUCUUCUUCCUUUUGUCAUUAUUUGAAAAUUUUAGAUAAAAUGAUGCAGAACAAAAAUAAAGACUGAUUAAAAUUACACUGGUUUAAGGUUAGCAUUUAUUAACAAUCUAUGGAUGUAUGUAGAUGGAUAUUGACAGUUUAUUUUAUUGUUGUCAUGUAAAGGUACAUUUUUUAACAGAGAUGUGUGUGUUUUUCGUUAUUGCCACAAGUUAGACUUGUGCAAUCAUAGAAGUCUAUUAUUGAAAACGUCUUUCAUUGGCAUCGCAAGUUUUUGAUGCUGUAGUUGUUCACAGUUCGGGUAAAAAAAUGAAUAUUUCAGCUUGCGAAUUCUGUUAUAUUAUACUGUUAGUUUCGAAACUCACAAGAUUAUGUAAAAGGACCCUUUUACAUUUACACACAAAUUAAAAUGUUUUGAGAGAACUUCCAAGAAAAGGGUGAGUGAGUUUCAAAUGUUCCUUCAUUUGUUUAAAUUUAUGCAAGGAGUAUUUUGUAGUUUAAUCGAGCUUAGUAUUCGAGUUUCAUACGUCUAUGGUGUUGACUGGUAAAUACAUUACAUGUACAGUCAUGUAGUAGGAGUAGAUUAUAAAGCAUGGAUGUUCAAAUUACAUUUCAAUUUUGCUUAAAUUGCAAUAAAUAUAUAAAAAAAACAA